CGCUCCCGGAAGUACAUCAAUCGGAACCGGGAGGAAGCCGCCGCACGGUUAGUACGCGACUACUUCUGCGAUAACCCGAUUUGGGGAGAUACCUAUUUCCGUCGCCGUUUCCGCAUGCGGAAACCGCUAUUUCUCCACAUAGCGAAUACUUUGGCGGCCAGGGAGGAGUUCUUCCGAGAAGGGUUCGACGCGGUCGGUCGUCCCAGCCACACGACGCUGCAGAAAUGUACUGCAGUCAUCCGGCAGCUUGCGACUGGACAAACGGCCGACAUAUUCGACGAAUACCUGCACAUCGGAGACAGCACUGGGCGCUUGUGCUUGCUCAACUUCUGCAGAGGCGUCCGGGCAGCCUUCAGUGACGAAUUUCUCCGGAGGCCAACCACGGAGGAUUGUCAGUUCCUCCUCAACCUGCACGAACAAGUGCACGGAUUCCCCGGGAUGCUUGGCAGUGUCGAUUGCAUGCACUGGCAAUGGAAGAAUUGCCCGGUGGCUUGGAGGGGUUCCUACACGAGCGGCCACAAAGGCACCCACCCAACCGUUGUACUCGAGGCCGUUGCCGACUACCGACUUUGGAUCUGGCACGCGUACUUCGGGGUCCCUGGCUCGAACAACGACGUAAACGUGCUCCAACAGUCCGACCUCUUUACCGAAGUUUUGGAUGGUAAAGCGCCGGCCAUCAACUUCGUCGCCAACAACCCGCGGUAUAAAAUGGGGUACUAUCUCGCCGACGGCAUCUACCCGAAGUGGCCGACCUUCGUGAAGACGUGCGGCAGGCCAGCGAACCCAAAGCAGGCUCUUUUUGCGCAGAAGCAGGAGGCUGCGCGCAAGGAUGUGGAGAGGGCGUUCGGGGUUCUCCAAGCGCGCUUCAACAUCAUCAAAGCCCCGGCUCGUUCGUGGUUCAUGGAGAGCAUGGUCGACAUCAUGUAUACGUGCAUAAUCUUGCACAACAUGAUUGUCCGA